AUGCAUGAAGUGAUCACACUGCAGUUUGGUCAACAAGCCAACCACGUUGGUACACACUUCUGGAACGCGCAGGAAGCAUAUUUUACGUAUGGCGAUGAAGAAGAAUCUCCAGUAGACCAUGACAUCCACUUUCGACCUGGACACUCGGAAGAUGGCACAGAAACAUUCACGCCCCGCGCACUGAUAUAUGAUCUCAAAGGUGCUUUCGGUACAUUGAGGAGGGACAAUGCACUUUAUGGUGCAGCAGAUGAUCCUACAGCGAUUGCACAGCAGAUGUGGGCUGGAAACACAAACGUUAUUCGCACAGAACAGAUCCAGCAAAGUGUAUAUCAGCAGCAUCUGGACCAGGGUCUCGAGCCACCCACUUUAUCGCCAGACACUGUUCGCUACUGGUCCGACUACAACAGGGUGUUCUAUCAUCCCAAAUCUAUUGUUCAGUUGCAGGAGUAUGAGCUAAACUCCGCUCUUAUGCCCUUUGAGAAAUGGGCUACUGGAGAAGACUUGUUCGAUAGUCUCGACAAAGAACACGACCUUCUGGAUAGAGACCUGCGACCUUUCCUAGAAGAGUGUGAUCAACUGCAAGCAAUUCAAAUGAUUACCUCUGCCGAUGAUGCCUGGGGCGGCUUCACAGCCAAAUAUCUGGAAAGAAUGAGAGACGAGCUGGGCAAGACAAGUGCUUGGGUAUGGGGACUCGAGGAAGGUGGACGCAAGCCAAGGGUUGCCAAUGUCGCACAGUCAAUCUACCAGAUCUCGAGCCAGGCGAGCAUGUACAUUCCGCUCACCACGUUGCCAGAUGUACUACCGCCGUACGUCAAUUUGAAUGGCUCAUCCAAAUGGCAUACCUCCGCACUGCAGCUGGUAGCCAUGGAAAGCAUGACUUUACCAACUAGACUGCGCCUGAGCCAGCAAGGACGUUCGUCAUUUGCUGAUAUUGAGACAUUGUUGAGCAACGAUGGCAACCGCAGAAUCGCUCAAGUCAAUAUGAGCAUCAAAGACCCGGCCGAGCUUGAGGGCGAAGCAGAUGGCCAUGCAUCACAACACGACAGCAGAAUGAAUGGUUUCACUAACGGAACACAUGGUCAUGACGAUGCAGAGAGCAAGGACCUCGACAUUGACAUGCAGCCAAAGACUGCCAACCUGACUGGCGAACGGGGACAACAAAGCCGCCGAACUCACGUAUUCAGUCAACUGCAAAGCUUGCGCGGCAAAUGGAAGUCAAGCCUUGAAAUCGAGGACACGAACCUCGCUUCCCGCGAUCGCUUUGGCCAUGGUCCCAGGAUUGAAAGUCAUCAAUCUUCAUUGCUUUUCCCUGUCGUCGACAGCUUCCCGCAAGUAUUUGCAUCGGGCAAUACUGUUCAGAAGCUCGCUGUGCACGCGACGCUAUCGACGACCACCUCGGUCGCACAAAGAAUCCGUGCAGUGGAAAGGAUCGCUCGCUCAAUAAUUGGGAUUGACGAACGCGAAGCGCUUUGCGAUGGCCUUGUUGGCAUCUGUGAGGAAUAUGAAGAUGGAUGGGAUAGCGACGACGACAGCGACGAUGACUCUUAG